AUCGUACAGGAACUCACUUCCAGCGGUUGAUCCCAGAGAGCGGCGUGGCGGCGGAGCGUCCGGAGGAAGUGAAGCGGCUCAUCUUCUGCACCGGGAAGGUUUACUACGAGCUGACCAAAGAGAGGAAGAGCCGAGGCAUGGAGGGGACCGUGGCCAUCGCACGCAUCGAGCAGCUGUCUCCGUUCCCGUUCGACCAGGUGAAGGCGGAGUCGGAGCGUUUUCAUAACGCCGACCUGGUGUGGUGUCAGGAGGAGCACAAGAACCAGGGUUACUAUGACUACGUGAAGCCUCGCAUCAGGACCACCAUCCAGAGAGCCAAACCUGUCUGGUACGCCGGCAGAGAUCCUGCAGCCGCUCCAGCGACCGGAAACAAGAACACACACUUGAUGGAGCUGCGGCGUUUCCUGGACAACGCCUUCGGUCUGGACGCCUUCAAAGAUCAGCAAUAGAGCUGCAGCCACACCUGUCUGACCUCUGACCCCCCGAGCCCCCCCAGCCCUCGACACACACACACACACA